AUGUCAUUACCACAAGCAGCUUCGGCUAAUGUUGCGGCAACAUCGAGAAGGAGGGGUCCCAAUUUGAAUAUUGUUAUUUCUUGUCCGGAAUGUAAGGUAUAUCCACCAAAGGUUGUGGAGAGAUUUGCAGAGGGAGAUAUAGUGUGUGCUUUAUGUGGGCUUGUCUUGUCAGAUAGGAUAGUUGACACGCGAUCAGAAUGGCGUACGUUUAGUAAUGAUGAUCAGAAUGGGGAUGAUCCAAGUCGUGUGGGUGAAGCAUCGAAUCCGUUGCUUGAUGGGAGCCAUUUGUCGACACGUAUUGGGCAAGUUCAAGGUAGUGAUGCAAGGGUUACGAGGGAUUUGAACCGGGCACAGUCGAAGUCUAUUGUAGAUAAGAAGGACAACGAGUUGCAGGCAGCGUACGCGAAGAUUACUAUGAUGUGCGAUGCGGCUGAACUGCCCAAGAUUGUGAAGGAUUGUGCGAAGGAAGCGUAUAAGCUUUGUUUCGAGGAAAGGGUGUUGAAGGGGAAAUCACAGGAGAGUAUCAUGGCGUCCGUGAUUCUUGUUGGCUGUCGUAGAGCCGAAGUCGGGAGAUCGUUUAAGGAAAUUCUAUCGUUGACUAAUGUGCGGAAAAAGGAGAUUGGUAAGACUUUUACGAUCAUUAAGAAUAUUCUAAGAGACAAGAACGACAAGGGCUUUGCUAAUAUCGAUACCUCUAAUAUCACAACGGGUCAAACCAGUGCAGAAACGUUCAUACCAAGAUUCUGUUCACAUUUGGGUCUCUCGGUGCAGGUGGCGAAUGCUGCGGAAUACAUUGCUAAGCACUCGAAGGACGUGAACGUUUUAGCUGGUCGGUCUCCUAUUACCAUUGCAGCUGCUGCAAUUUACAUGGCCACAUUGUUAUUCAACUUGAAUAUCUCUCCUACCAAGGUUUCCCAGACUCUACAGGUUACAGAAGGUACUGUCAAAGGUGGUUACAAGGCCCUAUAUGAACACAAGGAAAAGGUGGUGGAUCCACAACUUAUAGAAAGCGGUAUCGUCAAGUGGGAAAACUUGCCAAAGGUCAGCAAUGAUAAGAGCGAAAAGGCCAACUGA